GAGCAAGUGAGCAAAGGGAGAUACCAAAGAGUGUACAAAGCCUUGUAAAGCUUUCUUUGAGCAAUACAAAUUUCUUCCUUCCAUCAUCAUUCUCCUUUGAGCUUAGCCAACACUUUCUCACACAACUAAGCUUCCGUUGCCACAAUCACCCAAUUGCUCUUGUUUUGAGCAAGGAGUAAGGCUGAACUUAGCUAGGGGAGCUAAGUGCCGCACGGUUUAAGUGAAUUUCGGGUAUUGAAACACUUAGUCCGUGACAAGUGGUAUCAGAGCGUUGGUUUGCUUGAUUGGGUGGAAGAUGUCCGAUCCAAGCGAGGUGAUUGCUGGGGGAGUUGCUCCAAUGGUGGAGGAGCAAGGUGGCGGUAAAAGGAAAGGAAGGGGCAAAUCGAGGGAGCCUACACGAGCUAGGGAGGAGCUCGGUGAUUUGGAGACCCGUCUUGCGAAGGUGGAGCUAGUCUUGAUCGAGGAGGAGGAGAAGUUCGAGGAGGUGGACACCCGCAUAGAGGAACUUGGCAAUGGGAUGGAAGAGUUCCGAGAGGAGAUGCAAGGUGCCCUCGACUCCGCUGUCGACAAACUGGCAAGUGAGAUGGGGUCACUUAGGCAUGCCCAUUCCGAGGAGAAUGCUGCCAUGAAAGAGGAGAACCAUUUCCUAAGGGCGGAAAUGGAUAGGAUGAUGGGGAGGAUGAAGGAGCUCGAGGAGCAAUUGGCAUUGUUGCGCUCCGUGGUAGUCCAAGGUGGUAUGGCAGCCACACCAUCCACUUCGGGAGCUCCUAUGGCACGAGUGGAAGUGCCUAAGCCACAAGCGUUCAGGGGGACGCGUAAUGCGAAGGAGAUUGACAAUUUCCUAUGGAGCUUAGAGCAAUACUUCAAGGCCCUAGGAAUUGUGGAAGAUGCUAGGAAGAUUGAUCAUGCCCCACUAUAUUUGGCUGACACCGCCAUGGUCUGGUGGCGAAGGAGGGAAGCUGACAUCGAGAAAGGCACUUGCACAUUAGAGACGUGGGAUGAUUUUAAGAGAGAAUUGAAGAGGCAAUUCUAUCCCGUGAAUGCUGCUCAUGAGGCACGAGCAAGGCUAAGGAGGCUUACUCAACGCGGGACAAUUCGAGAUUAUGUGAAGGAGUUCACCGAGGUAAUUCUCGAAAUCCCUGGCUAUCCUGAUAAUGAAGCACUCUUUGCUUUUAUGGAUGGGUUGCAACAUUGGGCAAGGCUCGAGAUUGAAAGGCGAGGAGCCCAAGAUCUUGCCACUGCCAUUUCUAUUGCCGAGUCCUUGACUGAGUAUCAGAAAGGGGACAAAGGCAAGGGGGUGGAGCAAGUAAAGGCCAAGAAUAGUAGCGACACCCAUGAAAGUAAGGAGGGGAGUGCUAAACCGUGGAGACCUAAGGAGGGUUUGUCCAAGGGAUGGAGGAGGCCCGAAGGUGAGAGGGAGAAGCCUCUACAGAAGUGCUUCUUGUGCGAUGGACCGCAUAUGGUGAGAGAGUGUCCAAAGCGCAAGGUCUUGUCUUCCUUAGUGGAAGAGAAGGAAGCAAGCAAGCAGCAAGGGGAGAACAUGUGCAUGGGUGCCUUACAACUAGCUGCCAUCGAUGUCAAACCAAAAGAGGUGGCAAGUGAGCGCAAGGGACGCUUGUUUGCGCCAAUGGAGGUAAAGGGGCAGUCCAUUCAAGCUUUGGUGGACACCGGGGCUUCACACAACUUCAUGAAGCUCGAUGUGGCGAAGAAGCUUGGAGUUCCUUUUCAAGGUGAUAAGGGUUGGUUGAAGGUUGUCAACUCUUUUCCAACCCCAACAUAUGGAGUUGCAAGGAAUGUCCAAGUAAAGAUAGGUGAGUGGACUGGAACUUUGGACUUCUACAUUAUCAAUUUGGAUGACCACUCUUGUGUGCUAGGGAUGGAUUUUAUGGAUAAGGUGAAGGCAGUUCUUCUCCCCUAUGCCAAUGAUAUGUGCUUAGCUGAUGGGAGUACCUUGAAGGCCAUAAACUUGGCAAGAGGGAAGGGUGCCACUAGCACACUUUCUAGUUUACAAGUAGUAAGUCCAAAGGAGCUGCCCAAGGAGUCAUUGCCACCGAGGAAAAGCGAAGGGCAUGAUGACAAGAAGAAGAGAGUAAGGAUGACUGUCGACGCGAUGGGUCCAAAGUCUUCCUUGUUGAGGCGCAUCAAGGAGGCAACGAUGCGUGAUGGGCAAGCCAAACAAUUGGUGAGGUUGGCUCGCGACGGUGUAACAAGGAAGUUCGUGGUCGAUAAUGGGCUCGUUAAGACGAGGCGUGGCGGCAUCUUUGUGCCUAAAUGGGGCAAGUUGCGGGAGGAGGUCAUGAGGUGGUAUCAUGACUUCAUGAUUCGUGGCCGUCCAAGUGUGAGGAAAAUGAUGGCAAUGCUUGGACGAGAGUUCUUUUGGCAUCACAUGGGGGUGGAUGUCAAAUGGUUUGUGAGGACUUGUGUGGAGAAUCAUAGAGUGGAUGGUGAUUCUCCAAGGGAGGUAAAGUCUAAGGGACGUUCUCCAUCUGCACCAGGGGAGAGGAGACCGUGGAGGUCGAAGGUGCGACUUCGGGGAGACGCGACGAGGGCGUCGCGAGAAUAGCUGGGGGAGAAUGUCACGACUCUUCCCAUGCCUCCCUAAAAUCCAAAGAAUUUUGUGAAGGAAGAAUGGUGGGACAGCCCUAUGGAGUGCCAAGGGGCGACUGGUGGCAGCAGCUGCGGGGCAGGCAGUUGGCUGGCCAACGGGCAGUUGGCAGAUUCGUGGUUGGCCAGCGGGCGUGGUUGGCCAGCGGGCGUGGUUGGCCAGCGGGCGUGGUUGGCCUACGGAUACGGUUGGCCUACGGAGCGUGGUUGGCCUACGGAAGACUGGUUGGCCUACGGAUCUGUGCCAGGCGAGGUCCAAUUGGCAGAUCGGGCUGGAAGGCGCACGCAGCUUCCAGAAGCAGCUGGGGCGCGCGGGAAGCUGCCAGGAGGUUCUGGUUGGCCAACGAAAAUUCCAGGGGAGUCUGGUUGGCCUACGAAAAUUCCAGAAGGCACCAGAACGGGCCAGUAGCACCCAGAAUUGGCCAGAGACAGCCAGAAUUGCCCAGAAUUGCCCAGAUCAGCCCAGAAUUGCCCAGAAUUGCCCAGAAGCUUCCAGAAACUGGUUGGCCAGCAGAUUCAACCAAGCCAAGUGGGUCCCACAGGCAACUCAGCCACCAUGUCCAGAAUUCUCUACAGGGUGUGAAAUUACCAAAAAGUCCCUGAAACUUCUAGAGAGUAAAUAUUAGCCACAUGUUGGAGAAUGCAUCUCCACCACACAUUAAGGAGGUGGGAUGCCUAUAAAUAGCCACUUAGGGAGUUCAUUUGUACAUAGAGAAGAGAAGAAGUGAGAAAGUGAGAUACCAAAGAGUGUACAAAACCUUGUAAAGCUUUCUUUGAGCAAUACAAAUUUCUUCCUUCCAUCAUCA